AUGGCUGAAACUAUGAAGCAGACUGUUGCGAGUAUUCUUAAAAGCAUUGAAAGGUAUAACCCAGCAAAUUUGCAAACCUUGGAAAGAUAUGUUGAAAUGCAAUCAAGGGAGAACACAUAUGAUCUAGAGGCAAACUUGGCAGUUUUGAAGUUGUACCAGUUCAAUCCAGAGAAAUUUAAUCCUGAUAUAACUUGCCAAAUAUUGUUGAAAGCAUUAACAAAUUUUCCUCAUACUGAUUUUACAUUAUGCAAGUGUUUAUUGCUAGAGUCUGUUGCAGAAAAUGAAACCAUAUCGCAGAUCAAGUAUUUAGCAGACAUUUUAGAGCAAUGUGAUUUCGCUCAAUUCUGGAAUAGAGUACAUCAAAUGCCUGAACUAUGCAAUCGCAUUAGCAGCUUUCAUGAUUCUAUUAGAAAGUUUGUGUGUCAUGUAGUUGGAAUCACUUUCCAAACUAUUGACAAGAAUAACUUAGCCAAUCUGUUGGGAGGAAUUGAUGAUGUUACAUUGAAACACUGGGUAAAAAAAUACGGCUGGAGGGAUGAUGGCAACCUUAUCUUCAUCGCCAAUCAAGAUGAAAAUAUUAAAACCAAAAAUAUUACAGAAAAAAUUGAAUUUGAUCACCUUGCUCCUCUUAUGACUAUACUGUAA